UAUUUAUUCAAAUUAACUAUCACAAUAAUGUAGAGUAAAUUAUAGUAACCGCUAAUUAGAUAACUUUAUGAAUCGGUCACUAAACAGGAACUAAACAGGAACUAUUUACAGUGAAAAAUAGCGGGUAGUAGUUGUUAUCUCUCGGGACAGCAUUGCCUAAUGCGGUAAUGACUUACGGACAAGCUGCGAAAAUUAUAUGGACCCAGUGGUGAACGACUACAGAGAAGAAUGGUAUAAAUAUGCAUUGAAUUCAUGAAAUAAAUGAAUAAAUAUCUAAUUAUUAUCAAUUACUAAAUUACUACUGCUAUUACUAGUAUCACUACAAAAACACUCACUCAAAAUGCCUAUGUUAUAUAAACCAUCAGUUGAAGGUAAAGAAGUUAAACCACCUCAAAUUCCAUCUCCAGGUAAUAAUUCAUUCUUAGGAGAUAUUUUCACUUCUGAUGCUCCAAAAGAAGAACAAAUUUCUUGUGGAUUCUAUAAACAAGAAAAGGGUGAAGCACUUGUGUAUACUUAUACUUAUGAUGAAAUGAAGAUUAUUUUAGAAGUUGAAGGAGAAUAUUCAAUUAGUGAUGAAACUGGUUAUAAAGUAUCUGCUAAGCCAGGGGAUGUUUUCUAUUUCAAAAAGGGUACUACUAUUACUUUUGAAACCACUGGUUAUGGUUAUGCUUUCUUUACUGGUUUAAGACCAAAUGGUACUGCUUAAGUGUAUAGUUGAAUAUAGUAUAUAAUUAUUACAAGUACUUUUAGAGAUUUAUUGUUAAUUAUAUUGUAACUCAAUUGUAUGUUAUGUAAACAAUUGGCUAUUUUGUUUACU